UACCAAUAAUGCCUCAAUACCAAAUAUAAUUGACAAUUUACUAUAUUCAAAUCUCUCUGGCUUUUCUGGUCUCUCCGCCAAUGUUUUUCUCCGUCCUCACUACACUGAGGUCACAUUUCUUUACCAGCAAUGAAUGAAGUUUGAAUUUUCAAAAAUCUAGAAUUCUGCAUUUCAAUUUCCCCUCUCUCCGAUGGCCACCGCGGCAUUCAAAUCCACCACCAAGAGAACUUCCGUCGGAGCCUCCUCCGCCGACGACUCCGCCUCCUCCUCCUCCCUCCACCACCGCCGCUCCCGGAGCCUCAGCCGCCCCGCCCGUCACACAUUCCCCUCUCGUGACGACGACGGCGCCGAUCGCCGCGCUCCGAAAGGUCGCUUCGUCAACACCGUCCGCGGCUCCGUCUUCCCGGAGAUCAGCCUCGACGAUCUCGCCAUCGAGUUCUUCGAGUCCGCGAAUCGCGGCCGCUUCGGCGGUUCUAGAACCUCCGAGUCGGAGGCCAGUCCCGCCGGCGCCGGCGCGACGCAGCGCCGAGGGAGGUCGGUCUCAAGGAAGAGUUCCGGAACCGGAGAUGAUAGAAGGAGCAGUGUUGGCGGUGGCGGUGGCGGUGGCGGUGGGGUAAGACCUGUAGCCGAUGCGAAUUCGAGAAGACGGAGAUCGGUAUCGGUGGUUAGGUAUCAAAUUAGCGAUUCCGAGUUAUUUGGGAAGUAGAGUGAAGACUCAAGAGGAGAAUGAAGUGAAAGGACUGAAAAAUUAGUGACGAUUUUCCACUACAUUUAUAAUGCUAGGACUCACCUCAUUCCUAGGCGUAAUUUCCCCUCUUAUUUGCUUCUCAAACUAGGCGCUGCUAAUUGCAUAUUUCGUUUCUGCUGGUGAAAUCUAUCCUAUCUAAUUCGUUUUAUAAUGUCAUUUCAGCUUUGUUGGAAAGAGUGAACGAUCUUUUUAAUAGCUGAAAAAAUGGAUCUAGUUUCCUUUUUUAUUGAAAAAGACAAUUUACUUUGAAUGCGAUUGGUGGACCAUAUGAAUGAUUAUGGUUGGUCCUUGUAUGAUAAAAUAUCAUACUGUUGCUUUCCCUGCUUGAGAGAAUUCACUUUUGCUUUUAGAGAGAUUGAUGUUGUUUCAUAAAAAAAGAGCUUGAUUUUUUUUAUGUAAUGGCCAUCGUUUUCUUUUAACACAAACUAUUUGGCUAAGUCCGCCAUCUAAUCUGUUUGAUUGGUCA